AUGCCCCUCAAGUCAGAUAUUCAUAUCAAUGUUGCAAAGUUUGAACCAUGCAAUGCAUCGGCAGGUACAGCUAAAGCUAAUGAGGAUUUGAUCAACUUGCUGAGGGAUGGUCCGAAAUGGUUUGAGAUGGGUGCCUCAAAAUAUCGCAAGAUGAGAGAUGCUGGGGAAACCCCUAUCCCUAAGCCUGAACUCUUACCAGAUGGUCUCGACAUAGAAAUUCCUUCUCGUGAUAGUGAUAGAGUAAUCCCUUGUCGUUUGAUACAUCCAUCUUGGCGCAAAACUACUGAGGAAAGAAAGAAGACAAGAGCAAUCGGAUACCUUAUACAUGGUGGUGGAUGGGUUCUUGGCAAUCAACAUUCUGCCGAUGUUCUCCUCCAGUUUUAUGCUGAUUCUGGAGACCUGGCAAUUGUGUCAGUUGGUUAUAGACUUGCUCCUGAAUGUCCAUUUCCAUGUGGUCCGAAUGAUUGUAUUGACGUGGGAGAAUACUUGGUUAAGCAUGGGAAAGAAGUUUUCGGUAGUUCGUUGAAAUUUAUUGGGGGAGAGAGUGCAGGUGCUCAUUUGUCCUUACUCGUCGCCUUUCAUCUCCUCAAAUACCUUCCUGAUUUUAAGUUGUCCGGGCUGAUUCUCCAUUGUGAUCUCGAGAAAUUCAGAGGAAGAUUGCCAAGUGCUCUUUUCACAUGUGGUACGGAAGAUCCAUUGCUAGAUGAUUCGGUGACAAUGGCUACAAAGUGGAUGAUGAUGGGUGGGGAGGCUGUUCUUAAAAUUUAUACGGGGGCGCCACAGGCAUUUAUUGAUAUGAAGGAUAAGUUGAAGGAGGCAAUGGAUGCACAGGAAGAUACAAAGACCUGGAUAAAGGAUUGUAUGGUGAAAUUGUGA